AUGCCCUUCAAGUCCGCCAACGGCACUGCUGCCAAUAAAUUCGCUCGCGCUGGUUAUAACACCAUCGUCAAGCGCAACUCGAUCUUCUUGACCACCAUUUUCGUCUCUGCAUUCGCUGUCGAGAUGGCUUUCGAUACUAUCUCUGAUCGCAUCUGGGACAAUAUCAACAAAGGUCGCCAAUGGAAGGACAUCGCCGCCAAAUACAGCGAUGAAUAAAGAACUAACUAUUUGCUGGUGAACAUUGCUAAACCAUCCAUUGAUCUCGUCAACAUUCCUCAAGCCACCAGAUACUAAGC